AUGAUACUUGCGAUCAUAAUUUUUAUGGUCGCUGUAGUAGUGUGGAUGUGGUGCGAUACCAGAAAACCAUUUAGAUAUCCUCCAGGUCCAGCAUGGUUACCAUUGAUUGGCAAUCUUUUAUACCUGUGGCGUCGUAUGUCGGUGAUCAAGUAUCAUCACUUGGUCUGGAGGGAGCUUUCGGAUCGCUACGGGUCUCUGGUUGGGCUCAGGCUGGGUCGAGAUCGCCUUGUGUUGAUCUCAGGAAGAGAUGCCAUACAUGAGGUUUGCACAAGGGAAGAAUUUGAUGGAAGACCUGAAGGAUUCUUCUUUCAGAUGCGAACUUUCGGACAGAGACUAGGGGUUGUAUUCACCGACGGGCCCUUGUGGGCAGAACACAGGAGAUUUUCGGUGCGUCAUCUUCGCUCGCUGGGAUUUGGUCGUAGCGGAAUGGAGCGUUUACUACAGGAGGAAAGUGACGGAUUAAUCGUUCAAUUAAGGGAACGUGCCAAAGAAGGACCUGUUUUUAUGCACACAGCUUUUGAUGUUCCUGUACUGAACGUCUUAUGGGCUAUGAUGGCUGGGAAAAGAUUUGAAUUAAAUGAUAAACGCCUGCUGCGUUUAUUCGAUCUGGUACACGACAGCUUUCGUAUGUUAGACAUGUCAGGCGGUCUUUUGAACGAAUUACCCAUUCUCCGUUAUAUUGCUCCGAAUUGGUCGGGCUACAACCAAAUUAAUAAAACUUUGAAAGACCUGUACGAUUUUUUGAAGGAAACCGUUGAUGAACAUCGAGCUACAUUCAAUGAUGAAGUGAUUAGAGAUUUUAUAGAUGCAUUUUUUCAUGAGAUGAAAAAUAAUGCAAAUGGAUCUACUUUUACAGAGCAGCAAUUGUUGUCACUAUGCUUGGAUUUGUUCCAAGCUGGCUCAGAAACGACAAGUAAUACGUUAGGAUUUGCUGUUUUAUAUGUCAUUCUUUAUCCAAAUGUUCAAAAAGAAAUACAUCGAGAAUUGGACAGAGUCGUUGGAAAGGACAGACCACCAACGUUACAAGAUCGUUCAAAUUUACAGUAUAUAGUUGCGGUUUUAAUGGAAGUUCAAAGAAUUGGCAACAUAGCUCCCGUAUCUGUUGGUCACAGAGCAAUGAAGACUUCAGAAUUGCGAGGUCACAUUAUACCGAAGGAUACCAUAAUAUUGAUAUCCUUGCAUAGUCUUCAUAAUGAUCCCGAUUUCUGGAAAGACCCUGAUGUAUUCAGGCCGGAACGAUUUCUCAAGCCUCAGGCUGAAUCUUCAUUGAGCAGCGAAUACCUAGCUCCUUUUGGACUUGGCAAACGGCGCUGCCUAGGAGAAGCGCUGGCGCGUUCUAGCCUGUUCAUAUUUUUUGCUCGUCUACUGCAAUGCUUCGAACUCCGCGCCGUAAACGGUGAGCAACCCCAGACGACCGGUCUAGACGGAGUCACCUUAGCCCCGAAGCCCUUCCGAGCUCAUCUAAUACCCAGAAUCUGAAUGCAGACCUGAUUUAAUCAUAUGUGGAUAUAGAACUUCGAUAAAACCUGAUGAAAUCAGUUUAGUUGUAUUUUUAAGAACUCCUUUUCUUAAUCAACGAACAUCGUGCGGACCUUGCAACAAAUUUUGAUUU